CAUCUCAUUCUACUCUGUUUCAAAUCCAUCAUGUCGCAUCUCAUUCUUUUGCUUGGACUUCUGAUAGUAGCUAACAUUACGGGUUCUCAAGCUGAAAAUAGUUUUUCACAAUAUUGGGAAGAGCAUAUUGGUCUUCCACACCCUCCACGUUGGUUAGCAGCAAAAGCUUCUCCACUAAACCUUGAUCAGGUGGUAAUGUUUAUUAAACUAAUGGAGGAAAACGAAUUGUCUUCUCACCUAAGUUCAUUUUGUGAGCAAGCUAAUGUUGCUUGUUCUACAAAUGUACUAAUGAAGAAGACAGCAGAAAACACAACAAUGCCACCAAUAGCCCAGUGGAAUGCUGCCAAAAUGAAAUAUGAUCUUCCAAAUGAAGCACCCCUCUCGGUUGCCAGCCAAGGGGGGAUACCAUAUUUCCGGGAGUCAAUGGUGACAGAGGGAGGUUUCAUUCCUGUUCCUGAUCUAAGGGACCCAAUGCCAUAUAAAUCGUUCUUGCCGCGAUCUCUGGCAUUAAAAAUCCCAUUAACUUUUUCCCGGAUUGAGGAAUUAAAGAAGCUUUUUGGUGUAGUAGAUGAAUCAAAAAUGGAUGAGUAUAUUCAAUACACCCUUGAGAUAUGUCAUAAGAGACCUAUUCAAGGUGAGGAGAGCACCUGUGCAACAUCCGCUGAGGAUCUCAUUGAUUUUGUUGUCAAAAAAUUAAGGCACAAUGUACACUUAUGGAGUACUGAGAGCAUUGAGGGAUCUUAUGAGAAUGUCACAAUUGGAUCUGUGAAACUCAUCCAUGGAAACCUCUCUAAACCACCAGUCUUAUGUCAUAGUCAGCCAUUCCCAUUUCAAGUUUAUUAUUGCCAUGUUUUACCAAAAGUAAAAGUAUAUGUAGUCGAUAUACUUGCUCGGAAGAAAGUGAAUCAUGCAAUCAUGGCAUGCCACUAUGAUACAUCAACUUGGAAUCCAAACCAUCUUUCUUUUAAACUAUUAGGUUUUGGCCCUGGCCUAAUUGAAGUCUGUCAUUGGAUAAAUGAGAAUGGAAUGGUCUUUACAAGUAUAGUAUAGGUUGAGUAGCAUUUGAAAGUUGAUUCUCUCCCAAUUCUCUUGUUAAGUUUGUGUUACAUGCUACUGCUUUUCUAUUUGAAGAACAAACAUUUACCUAUAUUGGCUUGCUUAUUAUAUCUAGCUAUCAAGUUUCAAUAUAAUUUUGUUCUUCAAUAGUCCUCUAAAAUAGAUGACAACCUGAAAUUAAAAGUAAAACCCAAGAUCAGCAUAAAGGAUAGAUCUAUGAUCAUCUAGGGGAGUGACAAAGAAAGUAUGCUCAGAACAACUCCAAGAAGAGGCAUGUCACAAUACUCUGGAGUUUCGAAUCAUUUGGCAGUGAAAAUUUCUAUUUGAGUUAUAUAAGUUUGGUCAUAUACUUUUUUUUUUUUUUUUUUUUUGGGGGGUGUGGGGGGUGUUAUUUCUUUUAAGUUAUAGAGUCACUUCUUGUAUAAGAUUUUUUGGGCUCCAAUAAUUGGCCCCAUUUGAUUAGAAUGGAAGUGAAAAUGUAAAAUUAUAACAAAACGAAAUAAAGUCUUGUAAUCAUUAAAAUUGUGUUAC